AUGGGCAAAAAGAAGGCAUUUUUGGACAAGAAGAAUGCUAUUCACUACCGUCUUGUCCCGAAAACGGCUACGGAAAGUGCUCCUGAUGAGAGCAGGCGAGUUACGUUGACAGAAGAAGAAUUAGAGGAAAGGCACAAAUAUGGUAUCUACUUCGAUGAUGACUAUGAUUACAUGCAACAUUUGAGGGAUAUUAGAGAGACAGGAACGUUACAAACGUUGGAAGAAGCCGCCGAACAAGAGGAGAGGUUCAUUUUACGUGCGCCCAAGAUGCCACCAGCUAUUCCUUCAGUUCUCUUCGACGCUACGAAUGUUACAUUGAAAAACGAUGACGAUGAAGUUUUUGAUGAAGAAGUUGAGAAGGCUUUAGAGGGUGAUUUCGAAAAAGAAAUAGAAGGAGGCCUUGAAGACGAUUUUGUGAAGCUCGCCGGAGGAGUUAUUGAUCCUGCACCGAAAGCAGCUUACCUUCCAAGACAACAGGCUUCACACUUUGAUAGCGACGAAGAGGACGAUGAAGAGACUGAUUAUGAUGAAAAUGAUGAAGAACAAGAUGAAGAAGACGAAGAAAGAUCACGAUUUGAAGUGCAUCGCGAUGGACCUCGACGAGAAAUCGAUGAUCGCUUUGAUCAGUUGCUCGAAGCUGACUAUCAUGAUGAUCAAAUGGGUGAAUUGGAUGGAGAUGACAACCUUAUAAGUGGUGCACUUGAACCAACGGAUGAACGCGUAAAAAGAAUGAUCAAAGAAAAUCAUGUUGGACCAGUUGACGAUGAAGAAGCGUCGAAAGAGUGGACCAGGCAACGAAUGCGACUCAUUGAAUCCAAUGUUAUACAAGACGACCAAAUCAUGGAAAACGUUGAGGUUGAUGAAUCGUCAUCGAAGCGGCUCAAGUGGGAUUGUGAGUCAUACGCUACCCAAUACUCGAACGUUUACAAUCGCCCAACGCUCAUUCAAAAUCCAAAAAGUAACAAGUUGUCUCGUCGCGCACUGAAACGGCUGGAUCGAGAAACAAUGGAGGUGGACCGUAUGGAUGUGGAUCAAGAGGAGAUGCCUAGCGAUGGCGAUGAAAUGUUGAGCCAGUGUACGGAGGCUUCUACGUACAGACCUAAAGGAGAAACGCCUGAGCAGCGUCGACUUCGUAAGCAGGCUGUCAAGGAAGCACGUCGCUUCCGGAGACAAGAGAAGAAAGGGAACAAGCAAGCUUUUGCUGAGGAACACAGGAAGGUCGCUCGGCAACAAGUCGGUCAAAUUAAAACGGUUCCAAUCGUUUGA